AAUUCCUUUAUACUCUGCAAGUCGCAGUGCAUGCUGGUAUCGCUCCGCCGGCAGAGGAAAUGCUCCUAGACCAAUCACAUCUGUGUUUACACCAUCACCUGUCAAACAUACACCCUCUGCUAUAUUUUCUCUCUGAAAGGAGCUCAAACACACACUCACACUGAAGCGCCUACGGUAGCAGCUAACUGGACGGACUCUCUGGCAAUUGACCUUUUGCAGUGGAAUAGCGGAAUAAGUCUUGAACCAUGAGCUCAGUGGCAGUGUUGACCCCGGAGAGCUUUGCGGAGCAUCGCAGUGGCCUCAAGGACCAGGAGAUUACAGGCUGUGUCCCGGAGGAUGAGGCCUACAUCCCCACCUACCUGGAGGCCUUCCCUCCGCUGCCGGAGAAGGGGGCACCAGGGGAGAAGGCUGGGGAGCCGGUUUCAGCAUGGGGGAGCAAGAUCAGGCCCAUCAAAGCCUCGGUCAUCACCCAGGUGUUCCACGUGCCCCUUGAAGAGCGUCGCUACAAGGACAACAGCCAGUUUGGUGAGGGCGAGGAGGCCAAAGUGUGCUUGGACAUCAUGCAGCGGACGGGGGCCCACAUCGAGCUGUCCCUGGCCAAAGACCAGGGCCUGUCCAUCAUGGUCACCGGCAAACUGGACUCGGUCAUGAAGGCACGCAAGGAAAUCGUAGCUCGUCUUCAGACGCAGGCCUCAGCGACGGUCGCCAUCCCCAAGGAGCACCAUCGCUUUGUCAUCGGUAAGAACGGCGAGAAGCUGCAGGAACUGGAGCUGAAGACUGCCACCAAGAUCGCUAUUCCACGUCCCGACGACCCCAGCGCCAACAUCCGCAUCACCGGCACCAAGGAGGGCAUCGAGAAGGCUCGCCACGAGAUACUUCUGAUCUCUGCUGAACAGGACAAGCGAGCGGUGGAGCGUCUCUCCCUGGAGAAGGCCUUCCACCCGUUCAUCGCCGGCGCCCACAACCGCCUGGUGCAGGAGCUGAGCCAGGAGACGGGCGCUCGCAUCAGCAUUCCACCGCCGAGCCUGCCCAAGGACGAGAUCGUCAUCACCGGGGAGAAGGAGGCCGUUGCUUUGGCGCUGAACCGCAUCCGAGCCAUCUAUGACGACAAGAAGAGGAAGACCACCACCAUCUCCGUGGAGGUCAAGAAGUCUCAGCAUAAGUACAUCAUAGGUCCGAAGGGCAACACCCUGCAGGAGAUCCUGGAGGCCACGGGGGUGUCGGUGGAGAUGCCCCCUCUUGACUCCAGCUCAGAGACCAUCAUCCUCAGGGGGGAGCCCGACAAGCUGGGACCGGCGCUCACACAGGUGUACGCCAAGGCGAAGAGUGUGAUGGUGGUGGAGGUGACGGCUCCGGCCUGGCUGCAUCGCUUCAUCAUCGGCAAGAAAGGACAGAACAUCGGACGGAUCACACAGCAGCUACCACGGGUUCAUAUAGAGUUUACAGAUGGCGAGGAGCGCAUCAGUCUGGAGGGGCCAACAGAAGAGGUGGAGCAGGCCCAGGCCCAGAUACAAGAGAUCAUCAAAGACCUGCUUGUGAGGAUGGACUACACUGAAGUCAUCAUAGACCAGCGUUUCCACCGACACCUUAUCGGGAAGAAUGGAGCCAACAUCAAUCGGAUCAAGGAGCAGUACAAAGUGUCGGUACGGAUCCCCCAAGACUCUGAGCGAAGCGGCCUGGUCCGGAUCGAGGGAGAUCCUAAAGGAGUCCAGCUGGCACGCAGAGAGCUCAUCGAGAUGGUCCAGAGAAUGGAAAACGAGCGCACCAAAGACCUGAUCGUGGAGCAGAAGUUCCAUCGGACAAUCAUCGGCCAGAAGGGAGAAAAAAUCAAAGAAGUUCGAGACAAGUUCCCUGAGGUCAUUAUCAAUUUCCCCGACCCGGCACAGAAAAGUGACAUUGUCCAGCUGAGAGGGCCGAAGAACGAGGUGGAGAAAUGCGCCAAGUUCCUCCAAAAAAUCAUUGCUGACCUGAUUGAGAACAGCUUCUCGCUCUCCGUACCCAUCUUCAAGCAGUUUCACAAAAACAUAAUUGGCAAAGGCGGCGCCAACAUCAAAAAGAUCCGCGAGGAGACCAACACUAAGAUCGACCUGCCGACGGAGAAUAGCAACUCCGAGAUGAUCGUCAUCACAGGCAAGAAGAGCAACUGUGAGGCAGCCAGAGAUCGAAUCCUCGCCAUCCAGAGAGAACUGGCCAACAUUAAGGAGACAGAGGUCACCAUCCCUGCCAAGCUGCACAACUCUCUGAUUGGCUCUAAGGGCUGCCUUGUGCGCUCCAUCAUGGAGGAUUGCGGCGGCGUCCACAUCCAUUUCCCCUCCGAGGGGUCCGGCUCGGACAAGGUCACCAUCAGAGGGCCCGCUGGGGAGGUGGAGAAGGCCAAGAAACAGCUGCUGCAGCUGGCUGAGGAGAAGCAAGUCAACAACUUCACAGCCGAGCUCCAGGCCAAACCAGAGUAUCAUAAGUUCCUGAUUGGCCGUGGCGGGGCCAAUAUUCGCCGCGUGCGUGACAGAACCGGCGCCCGCAUUAUCUUCCCAUCGCCGGAUGACACAGAGCAGGAACUGAUCACCAUUGUAGGAAAGGAGGAAGCUGUCCGUCAGGCCCAGAAGGAGCUGGAAAGUCUUGUGAAAAACCUGGACGACGUGGUGGAGGACAGCAUGGUCGUAGACAUUCGCCACCACCGCCACUUUGUGUGUCGGAGAGGCCAGGUGCUGCGGGAGCUGGCGGAGGAGUACGGCGGAGUAGCUGUUAGCUUCCCUCGCACGGGGACCAACAGUCAGCGGGUCACUCUGAAGGGAGCCAAGGACUGCGUGGAGGCCGCCAAGAAACGCAUCCAGGAGAUCAUCGAGGACCUGGAGUCCCAGGUGAGCGUGGAGGUGGCCAUCCCUCAGCGCUACCACCGUGCCAUCAUGGGGCCCAAAGGCUGCCGCAUCCAGCACAUCACCAGGGAGCACGAGGUCCAAAUCAAGUUCCCCGAGAGAGACGACAGCGCUGCAGGUCAGGAGGCUUCACCACAGGAAAACGGUGAGGUCAGCCCAGACGCAGAGUUCGUCCCCCGCAAGUGUGACAUCAUCACCAUCUCUGGGCGAGCAGAGAAGUGUGAACUGGCUAAAGCCGCCCUGCUGGCGCUGGUGCCCAUAACUGAGGACGUCGAAGUCUCUUAUGAGCUUCAUCGCUACAUCAUUGGCCAGAAGGGCAGCGGGAUCAGGAAGAUGAUGGAGGAGUACGAGGUAAACAUUUGGGUGCCGCAGCCAGAGAAGCAGCUGGAUGUGAUCAAGGUGACGGGCCUGGUGGCCAACGUGGAGCGAGCCAAGCUGGGUCUGCUAGAGAGGGUGAAAGAACUGCAGGCCGAGCAGGAGGACAGGGCCCUGCGCAGUUUCAAGGUAACCAUGUCUGUAGAUCCAAAGUUUCAUCCCAAGAUCAUCGGCCGCAAGGGAGCCGUCAUCUCUCAGAUCAGGAAAGACCACGACGUCAGCAUCCAGUUCCCCGACAAAGGAGACGAGCAGCAGGACCUGAUCGUGAUCUCGGGGUACGAGCGUAACGUGGAGGAGGCGCGUCAGGCCAUCCAGCAGCUGGUGGCCGAGUUGCAGGAGAUGGUGAGCCAAGAAGUUCAUCUGGACCCGAGGACCCACGCUCGCAUCAUCGGAGCCCGCGGCAAAGCCAUACGCAAGCUGAUGGAGGAGUUCAAGGUGGAUAUUAGGUUCCCUCAGCCAGGCUCCGACGAGCCAGAUAAAGUGACGGUGAUGGGCCUUCCAGAGACCGUCGACAACGCCAUCGACCACCUGCUGAACCUGGAGGAGGAAUAUAUGCUCAGCGUGACGGAGACGGAGACCUUGGCAGCGUACAUGAAGCCUCCGUCUCGCUAUGGAGGGGGAGGCGGAGCGGGAGGAUUUGACGACGGCAACGGGGGUCCAGCUAAGGGCUUCGUGGUGCGGGACGCCCCCUGGAACGCAGCAGGGAACAAGGCUCCUGACAUGAGCAGUGCAGAGGAUUUCCCCACAUUCGGGACCGGCGUGGCCCUGAAGCAAACGUCCGUCUGGGGUCCCAAGAAGUUCUGAAGUUGCUCAUCUGGAGGACAGAAAAAAAGAAAAAAGACAAAAAAAAACAAACUUCUGUAAAGUAGACGACGAGAGAGAAUAUCUCUAGUCAAAUUGCUGCUCGCCUUCCUCCCUCCUCCUCUUCCUCUCCUUAGUGACUUCCCCUUCGUCUCUCCCUCUCUCUGUAAACCCCCCUCGUACCGUCCUCCCACAACUAGCUCCAAUGAAUUCUGGGAGAACUAUCCCUUUCUUUUUUUUUUUUCCCCUCAUCUGUCUUUCUUCUUAGUACCUCCUCCUCCUCCUCCUCCUCCUCCUCCUCCUCCUCCUCCUUCCUACUGAGAGAGGGAAAAAACAUUGAGCGCUCUCUUCAUGCUGUCCCGCUCUGCCUCUCGGUUGCACCACCCCUGCCGGUCAUGCUGAAACAUUUCAAAAACUGCCCCCCAUCUUUCCGCCUCUGACUGCCGGUUCACCUUACUGCAGCGCAUCAGAAGCAUUUAAACUCUUCAAAGUCAGCUGAAUGGGGGUCGAAGGAGCAGCGGGAAAGCAGGGCGCAUAUCCAAGUGAAUUGAAUCUUGGAUUUUUAAGCUCAUAAACGGAGGGGAGUUCAUAAAACACUGACAUCUUUUAAGGUUGUUUUUCUCGUGGUUUUUACAAGGAGGUUUUGUGUCGGCUCACCUUUUCCAGUCACUGAUGUGGUGCAGCAGGUGAGGCAAUGAGGUGUGUGUGUGUGUGUGUGUGUGUGUGUGUGGGUGUUCAAGAGAGGUUUUUUUUUUUUUGUCACCCACAACUGUUAGUACAUCCCCAUUUUAUUUAUGUCGGAGCUGGGAGCAAAAAAAAACAACAAAAAAACAGCUGCUGUAGUCGACUUUUUCUUUCCCUGUUUGAAUUUCAAAGAUGUGGAAGCUCUGCGCCGAUCGUUUGUAAUGAAUGUCGUUUUUGUCACAACUGUUUUAUUUAUUCGAAAAUGAAAAAAGGAGCCAUUUUAUUUGAAACUACUGUGAUCAUGCUUUUUUUUUUUCUUUUUUUUUUUCUUUUGGGGUUUGUUUUUUUUAUAUAAAAGCACCCACUGUAGCUUGAUGCUUACAACCUUCUGUUUAGGAGUGAAUGCUGCUGUACGUCAGGGUUUGGGCACAUGUUAACAGUUGUUAUUAUGUGUAAGUGUACAAAGAACUUUGGCUAUUUUUUUAAACUGUGUGGGAUUUCUUUUGUUGUUGGUUUCUGGCAUAUUUGGAAGACUAUGUAUGUAUGUAUGUAUGUAUGUAUGUAUGUAUGUAUGUAUGUAUGUAUGCGUGUGCGUGUGGAAGUUAUGAUGUAUAUUUGAAUGAAGCUGAACCAAACUUUUACACCGUCUCUGUCCCUGUGUCUCUCUUCUCGGAGCUCAUUUAUUUCGAGGUUUUUUGAUACUCUCAGCUCGUCAGUAACACUGGAUUUUUACUGUCGACACGCACAAAGCGCUGCUCAAAAUCUGCCCCCCCCAUCUGCAAAACUAGCUCAGUAUCCUCAGCUGCUUUGUACAAGUGCUUCAAGUGUUAUUUUGUGAUAUUUUGUAGCAAAAACCUUUGUUGCCCUGCAUUCCUUUUAUCUAUUUCUGAGAUUUAAAGCGACACGUCCUGAACCAACUGACCCAGAUUUCAGUCAGUUUAAUCAAAAGUUUCCUCAGAAGAGUUAAUAGAAAAGUUUUAAAUAAUAUGCUUAUUUGCUUUCUUUAUUAGCAUUAACUGAUGAUUGUUAUCACUUUAAAAUCUGCAUGAUUGGCAGAGAGCCAGGAGAUGGUGAGUUUAGCUAGGCAUAAAUCUGGAAAAUACGCCUGUGCCUCUGAAAAUAACAACCUGUGGUAUUAGAAGUUAUGUGCUGGAACUAUUUCUUUUCAGGCAGCUGGGCGCAAGAGUUAACCCUCCCUAAAAUUUUUUUAUUUUUUUUAGCUUUAGGAACAGGAAGUAUUUUUGAACUUUUCGCCGUUUCCCAGCCUCGUACUUGAACUCAGCACUGAGUGUGUGACUCUGCAAUACAGUCUCGCAGUGCUGCAAAUUCAGAAUGGCAUUAAAGUGGUGGGUUGUAUUUCUAAAAUGUACAUUUUGGAUCUCACAGAUGCCUCGUGUCUGCCUACAGUGAUAUGAUAUUUGCAGGGAGCGAACCCACCGUUUGAAGCCCACAUCUCCACAUGUCUGCCUCAAUUCUCUGCUGUGUGAAGCCUCCUGCACAGCCGCUGGAGGAUUUCUUCUUCAUUGAGCUGCGCCAGGAUUGGAUUUUGAAUGUUUUUCGCCUCGGGCAUACACUGUAUCCAUCUGUGCAGACAACAGAUAUCUGCGAGAUAAUGAAAAGAUACAACACACUGCUGGAAAACAGGCACAAGUAAUAUCUUUGUUUUCUACAUUAAAGGUCCGGUGUGUCAGAUGUAGGGGGAUUUAUUAGCACAAAUGGAAUAUGACGAUCAAAAUAAUGGUUCAUUAUUAUUCGAAUUAUUCCUUUAUUAGUGUGUUAUCGCUGAGCAACUUAUAGACUGCUGAGGGGCUUAAUGGGGACUCCUGUCUCCUGUUGUUUCCAGUCAAGAUGCUAAGCUAAGCUAGCUAUGUAACUGCACAAUCAUGAUCGCACAGACAUGAGACUGAUACUGACAGAGAAAGUGAAUAAGCAUGUUCCUCAAAAUCUUUUGCCAGGACCGGGAAGAGCCCGGGACCAGACUAACAUAAGCAGAUGUAAAAAAAAUAAUAAUAAUAACAAUUAAUUAAAUUAAACUCAGGGUCCAAUUUAAAAGUCAAACUAGUGCAGAAAUGAGUCUUAAAAGCUGACGGUACAAUAGGAAACAAAACUGACUAUGCAACCCAACAGGAUCAUACAGCAGAUCACUGUCUGUCAGCAGGAAUUAUAUAAUUAUAGUAUCAUCACAUGUUUUUUGGGGCAGUCAGCUGGUCAUUUUUUAAUCUCUGCAUUUUUAAAUCUUUUCAUGUGUGUCUGUUCUUCAGUGUCUGGACAGAGCUGACCCUGAAGCAGCCGCUGUUUCUGUAAAACGUCCUGAAAAACCCACUAUUGGCCUUAAUGAGUAAUUAAGUCUACAGCAUUUUAGAAAAAAAGUGUGACUGAGUAAGAAUGCGACACUGCAAUAACAUGUCAGCAACCAGACUUUUUUUUUCUUUUCCUACUCUAAAUAAAAUUUGAACAAAAAAAGGAACCAGAAGCGACAGAUUUUUUUUUGUUUUUUUUGUCUUUUCUUCAUCUUUUUGUUACUGAAAACACCCCACAUGAACCAUCCUUCUGUGCAUACUGUCUGUCAGUUUAUUUUUAUUUUUUAUAAAUCAGGAAGAUAUGAUUUGUUAUGUAACAGCCUGUACAAUGCAACAUACAGAAAACAAAAACAAAACAAAAAAAAAUACAAAUUAAAUUGUACAAAGCAGCACAGGGCCAUAAAUAACCCAUAAUAAUAAUAUUUUCACAUUUUUGAAGUUUUUCCUUUGCCAAACCCCAGAGAUCCUCCAUCAGUCAGAUCACAGCUGCUCUUAGAAGGUGACCGAGCCUCUUUAAUUCAAGAUUUCUUUUUUUGAGUUUGACUCAUUAAACUGUGCCUUUUGAAAAAAUGUUGGGGUCUCACUUUCUGUGGCGGGUUUUUAUCAAAUUGGCAACAGGACUGAGAAAAAACAAAAGAUUGCGCUUUGGAAAGCUGUUCACAUACAAUCAACCAUCAGGCUUGGGAUGUUUUUGAUCAAAUAAAACCUUCGUAUAAACAUUUGACAAAUGGAUGAUGUAAAGUCGGCAGUAAAAUAAAAAGAGCCCUAAUUAAAUGACAUUCACAUGUAAACACCGGCGCAGGUGUGGGGACACAGGUGACCUGUCCUCCUGCUGACCCUGGAGCUCCUCGCUGUUGGCUCUGGAGCUCCUGGCGAGGUAAACAGUCAGACGUGACGGAGGGAUGGAUGGAUCAGAGUGAGCGGAUCUAAAGUAAACAGUGUGGAGAAGCGACGCCAGAAAUCCCUUCAACCUUUUGGCUUCAGUCAAUUUAACCACGUUUUAAAGGGGCAGUUCGCACCAAAAUCGAAACCUCAUGUUUUCCUUCUUGCCUGAAGAGCUUUUUGUACGUCUGGAUUGUUUUUCGCUGUGAAGUUGCUGAGUUUAAGAGAUUUCUGCCGUCUCUAGAUUUAAAUGGAACGAGAUGGCACAGGGCUUGUGGUGCUCAAAGCCUCAAAAAAACAAUAAGACAAUCAACAGACCUGAUUACGAACAGUUUCACGUAGGAACCAUUUCCUCUCCAGAGGCAUGAGGUGAUCAGCCUAGCUUAGCAUCAAUCAUUUUUUGUAUCAGUGCAUUGAAGGCAGAGCGGAUGAGAUGCUCGCUCAUUAAUCAGAAAAUAGUUCCUACGUGAAACUGCUCACGAUGAGGUCUGUGGACUGCUGGAGUAACCCGGUCAUGAUUUCUGUGAUGCUUUUUUUUUGGCACUUUGAGCAACAAGCCGGGCGCCGUCCAGUUCCAUCAUAUUUGAGAGGAGCCGGCCACUCACAGAAAAACACACACAUGGAUGAACUGCACUACAGGUGAGAGGAAAAAUCUUUUUUUUUUUUGACUUUGCAGUGAACUGUCCCUUUAGCAAUAGGCUUUGACGAGAAGAUGGUCUUUGUUCAAUUAAUCUUCUUAUUUCAAACAUUUCCUUUUCCUCCUUUUCCUGUAUGACAACCUCUCCAGUCUACAAGUAAAUAUCUAUAUUUUUAAAUAUCUUGUGAUGGAGCCUCUCGGUCGUAAACACACAAGCUGCACAGCCGGAGGAUCAUUUGCUCUUCAUUACCUCUGUACAUAAUUUCUGAGCUCCCCAAACAGGUGCAGGUGGUUUGUUGUCAGGUCCACAUUACUGUCGCACCUUCCAGUUUCCUUCACGAUAUAACGCCUGGACGUGUUUCUCCACGUGACAUGACCAGUGAGAAGUGACGCCGGGCCAGAACAGAAAUGCAAAAAGACUGCUAACAUGGAGACAUGAAGAGGACAGAAACAUACAGUACAUGUGUAAACAUUUUUUUCUUCCUCCAGUUUUAAAAUCCCCCUCCCCCCCUCUAAAGAAGUCACAAUCACAAGACACUCUUGGGUUCAUUCUCAGAUUCAAGUGUCUUUUUUUUCAUAUUUUUUUGAAAACACUGUCACUCUUUUUUUUUUUUUUUGACCCACAUUUCAGUCUCUUCAGGUGACAGUCUGUUAACGUGCAGGUUGGCAGGGGACAGCUCCUCCCGAAAUAAAACGCUGAUCGGAGCAGAGACGACUGAGUGUUAAAAUAAGUGCCAAAAAGUAAAGAGAAAAAAAAAA